AUGGGUCCACGAAAGAAAAGUGUUAAAAGGUGUCUCGUAAACAAUGAGGUCCCUGAGGAAACAGUAUCAGAGGAAACAAAAGAUUAUAUGAAUCAACUUUCACAUGAAGUGCUUUGCCAUAUUUUUAGGUACCUCCCUCUGCAGGAUAUCAUGUGUAUGGAAUGUCUUUCCCGGAAGCUAAAGGAAGCAGUGACCCUGUAUCUGAGAGUUGUGAGGGUUGUGGAUCUCUGUGCUGGGCGCUGGUGGGAAUACAUGCCAAGUGGCUUCACAGAUUCCAGUUUUCUGACACUAUUGAAGAAGAUGCCAGAUGUUGAACAGCUAUAUGGCCUUCACCCUAGAUACCUUGAGAGGCGGAGGGUGCGUGGCCAUGAAGCUUUUAGCAUUCCAGGUGUUCUGGAAGCUUUGCAGGCAUGCCCAAACUUAGUGGGUGUGGAGACUUCUCAUUUGGAAUUGGUAGAAUCCAUUUGGACGUAUAUGCCGCAUGUUCAUAUUUUGGGGAAAUUUCGGAAUCGUAAUGGAGCAUUUCCAAUUCCUCCUGAAAAUAAACUGAAAAUUCCUAUAGGAGCAAAAAUUCAAACUUUACAUUUAGUUGGGGUGAAUGUUCCUGAAAUUCCUUGUAUCCCAAUGUUAAGGCACCUUUAUAUGAAGUGGGUAAGACUCACUAAGCCACAGCCAUUCAAAGACUUUCUUUGCAUCAGCUUGCGAACUUUCGUCAUGAGAAACUGUGCAGGUCCCACAAACUCCUUGAAAUAUGUCCCUUUGGUAACAGGCUUGGCCUCUGCCCGAAACUUGGAACACUUAGAAAUGGUUCGAGUUCCUUUCCUUGGAGGUCUUAUCCAACAUGUAGUUGAAGACAGUUGGAGAUCAGGUGGUUUCCGAAAUUUGCACACCAUUGUUUUGGGAGCUUGUAAAAAUGCUCUCGAAGUAGACCUUGGUUACCUCAUUAUCACUGCUGCUCGUAGGUUACAUGAAGUUCGAAUCCAGCCUUCCCUAACCAAAGAUGGCGUCUUUUCUGCCCUAAAAAUGGCAGAGUUGGAGUUCCCCCAGUUUGAAACCCUUCAUCUGGGAUAUGUAGAUGAGUUUUUGCUACAGAGCAGAAUGGCUAAUGCAGAUCUGGUGAAGUAUGGUCUGGCCGAUGUGGUAGAAAAUCCUGGCAUUAUCACCGAUAUAGGGAUGAAGGCAGUCAAUGAAGUAUUUUCCUGUAUCAAAUAUCUGGCAAUUUAUAAUUGCCCCCAUCUACAUAAUCCAUACAAUUGGAUUUCAGAUCACUCAAGAUGGACACGAUUGGUUGAUAUCAACUUAGUGCGGUGCCACGCUUUGAAGCUGGACUCCUUUGGCCAGUUUAUUGAAUUAUUGCCAAGCCUGGAGUUUAUUUCACUGGACCAGAUGUUUCGUGAACCACCCAAAGGCUGUGCUCGAGUUGGUCUGAGUGCAGGCACUGGAAUUGGUGUGUCCUCAGCCCUUGUCAGCAACCAGAACUCUAACAACGACAAUGAUAACAAUGCCCAGAAUAAUGCCAAUAUCCAUGACAACAAUCAUCCAGAUGACUCAGAUGAGGAUAAUGACUUCCAGCCGGAUCUGCAACCAGGAGAGCAGCAGUUUGCAGCCGACGCAUUGAAUGAGAUGGAAGACAUGGUGCGAGAAGAUGGAGAGGUGAUGGCUGAGAGUGGACAUGAGACUCCAGCUCACAGUCAGGCAGUUCUUCCUGUGGAUGUUGAUGAGGAACAAGCAGGACCCAGUGGUCUUCAGCGUGUAGUAAAACCAACUCCAAUUACUGUUCAUGAUUCAGAGAGUGAUGAUGAGGAAGAUAGUCUAGAGCUCCAAGAAGUCUGGAUUCCUAAGAAUGGUCCUCGGCGUUACUCUGAGCGGGAAGAAAAAAAGAGAGAGUCAGAGCAGUCCAGGGAAUUGUCAGCAGUAAGUGGAAAAGGCAAGACUCCACUUCGAAAGAGGUACAACUCCCAUCAGAUGGGCCAAUCGAAGCAGUUUCCCCUCGAGGAAAGCAGCUGUGAGAAAGGCUGUCAGGUCACCAGUGAGCAGAUCAAAGCCGAUAUGAAAGCAGCUAGGGACAUUCCUGAAAAGAAAAAAAACAAGGAUGCGUAUCCCAGCUGCAGCAGCACCUCCGCCAGCACAGUGGGAAACUCCAGCUCACUCAGCAAUGCUUCUCAAAGCCCUGACUGUGUAAGGACGGUGAACAGCAGCGGCUCUUCCGAGCCUAGCCCUGCAGAAGCGGAUGUGUCCAGGCAGUGUGUCUGCUCCCCUGCUGGGUCAGAGGACUCCAUGGAGGAGGGAAAUGCAGAGAGUUCUGUCUGCCCCAGAUGCUCCUGUCACAGGCCCCAGGAAUCCCAAAGGAGAACUAGCAGGUGUUCUGAUGAGGAACGUCCUUCAACCAGCCGAGCCUGUGUUGUGAAUGGCCCGGAUGGUACGAGAUCCGCCUUUUCCUUUAGGACUCUGCCACAAGGGGGGUCUUCAGGCCCAGCACAUGAUGAGAGGACUAAUGGGAGUGGCUCUGGGGCUACAGGUGAGGACAGGAGGGGGAGCUCCCAGCCUGAGAGCUGUGACGUGCAGUCUAAUGAAGACUACCCUCGGAGGCCCCUAACAAGGGCCAGGAGCAGACUCUCCCAUGUACCGCUGGUAUCUGAGUCAGAAGUUGCUAAAACAAAGACACGGCAUACCAUGAAGCGGAAGCGGACAGCAGAUAAGUCCACCAGUACCAGUGAUCCUGUGAUUGAGGAUGACCAUGUGCAGGUCCUUGUGUUAAAGUCCAAAAAUCUUGUUGGAGUCACUAUGACCAACUGUGGAAUCACAGAUCUGGUGCUAAAAGACUGUCCCAAGAUGAUGUUCAUCCAUGCUACCAGGUGCAGGGUGCUGAAACAUUUAAAAGUAGAAAGUGCACCACUUGUAAACCGAUUUGACUAUGCACAAUGCAAGAAACUGAACAUGGAUCAGGUACUAGACCAGAUACUGCGGAUGCCUCCUGAGAGAAACCGCAUCAUAUACCUACGCCCAAUGCAGCAGGUGGAUACACUGACGUUGGAGCAGAAGCUAUUUAGUGGCCCCUACCCCUACCACAUCUGUAUUAUCCAUGAGUUCAGUAACCCUCCCAAUGUGCGCAACAAGGUGCGCAUUCGCAGCUGGAUGGACACCAUAGCAAACAUCAAUCAAGAGCUCAUUAAGUAUGAAUUCUUCCCCGAAGCCUCACGAACUGAGGAUGACUUGAAGAAGCACCCCAAGUACCCCUGGGGCCGAGAUAUCUAUACUUUAGAAGGGGUUGUGGAUGGCGCUCCGUAUUCCAUGAUUUCUGACUUCCCCUGGUUGAGAUCGCUACGGGCAGCAGAACCCAACAGCUUCGCCAGAUACGAUUUCGAAGACGAUGAAGAGAGCACCAUCUAUGCUCCUCGCAGGAAAGGGCAGCUGUCAGCAGACAUCUGUAUGGAGACAAUCGGAGAAGAAAUUUCAGAGAUGCGUCAGAUGAAGAAGGGGGUGUUUCAGCGAGUGGUGGCAAUUUUUAUCCACUACUGUGAUGUCAAUGGAGAGCCAGUUGAAGAUGAUUACAUUUGA